AUGUUAAGUCUUCUUGCUCAAUUUGAAGUUCUAAAAGGUCAAAUAAAAUCGUCUACUCGACGUCAACUUCGAGAACAAUUUCUUCGACUAACUACAAAUCGAUCUGAUAAUUUGACAGCUAUAGCAGUACUUCUUGCUGAUCAUGCAUAUAAGUUACCACAAUCUCACACUGAUAAAGUUUCCAUAACAAAUAAAACAUCCAUCCAUGUGAGAUUGGAAAAAGAAAUUGAGAACAAUAAACAAAUGAUUCUUCGACUAAUGAAAAAUGAUAAUCCAACUCCAGAUGAAAUGCUAAUAAUCCAUCAGUUGCGUUAUGAAACAAAGAGACUAAUACGUAAACUUACUGUUGAGAUACGAUGUGAACAAAAUGUCAUCACAUGUGAUCAAAAGAGACAAUAUAAACUUGAUCCAUGUGCAAAAGAACUUGUCGAUGUUGCUAGUUAUUUAACUGACGAACAAAAUUCAAUUGUAACACGUUAUGUUUAUGAUAUUGUUUGUUUAAUUGCUGUUCAAUAA